UAUGAAAUGAGAAUUUCGAUGCGCUAUAGUGUACUCACAAUCUUCGAGGGAAAGGAGGAGGAAGAGCGGCGGACCACUGAUAAAGAUGUGGGCAGCACUUCGUUGGUACUCAAGCAACCAACAAAAGAUAGGGACAAACCGCAGGGCAGAAAUAGAAACAACACUACCAAAAAUUCAGUAUUGUAUUGUGAGAUUACCAAAGAUGACAAUCAAAACCUGCUGGUAAACAAGUUGUCGCUAUACAAACACGUUUAUAUUCCAAACCGACUCAGAGUUCUACAAACAUCGACCCAGAGUCUGUCACUUUCUCUGGGCGAGUUUGCAGUGUUACUACAACGAUAUGAUCCAGAUUCCAUAGAAACGGAGAGGAUUACAAAUUUUCGUAAUCUUAUUCAAAUAACCUGCGAGAAAAUGUUUAAAACAGGUAGCAGAAAAUAUAUUCUGUUCAACAAGCACACUGAUUCUGAAAUAAAUGGGUACAACUUAUCUCAGAAUGCCAAUACGACACCAGAGCCGGACACAGAAAAAGAAAGUAUAUUGAAUGAGAUAAAUGAGCCAGAGUCUGCGCCCAUGAUUGAAAGAGAAACGAUGAAUAAAGGGCCAUUAUUAGGGAAUCGAAAACCUGCCACAGAAGAAGCAAAUACAUUCGCCUCCUCCCAAUUGUCAUUUGAAGACCAGUUUGGUCAUCUGUCGAUCUUUGCUCAACAAAGUAGCCCAGGAAAAGAAAGCGGCACAGACCCAGAAGAGAUAGCAAAAUCGGCUAUUAAUGGCAUGUUGGCGAAAUGUAUUGAAAACCUCCAUAAACCCACUGUGAACAGCCGUUUGUCUGGUAGAAACGCUCACACCCUCGUGUCCAAUAUAAACAUCAGAAAUCCCAUCUCCAAGAUGAGAAGGUGUUCUACGCAGGAGAUGGUACAUUUGCAGAAUGAGCUGGAGAGGAAAUUCUCAACGGAGAAGAACAAUCUAGAACAGGAGAACGAUCAUCAGUUCAGCCAUGGCGAUGGAGAGGCUUUGCAACAAUCAGCAGACGACAUUGAGCAAUCAACGGAAAACAUGGAAUGUCUUCGUCGGCAGAGGAUGGAACGUUUGCAACAGCUAAGGAAUGUAUUGGAACAAAAGAAAGGGGAACGGAAGGACCUAGAUAACAGAUCAAAAUUAAAGAACGAAAUGGAACCGAACAGCGAAAUGGUGAGAGGAGAGCACAUCGAUGAGGAUGGUGAAACUGAUGAGGAAAACGAAGGAGUGGUGAUUACUAAGGCUCCGACUUACAUCGAUGUGCACAUUGUCCCUCCACGGAGAGGUAUCAGGAGUAUUUAUAGGGAGGUUGAGCGCGUCCAGUGUUCCUCCAGCACGGAAAACUCGGACAUCACAGAUACAGACAGGAAAGGGUGUGAUGACGACAGUUGUCCACUCGGGCUCUCUGAUUUAAACUUCAGAUCACUUAUUGAUGCUAAAAAGGAAAGCAAACCCGAAAGUAGGUCAUCCCCUUCUAUCAGUCGACACUCGUCAGCAACCAUUAACAGGCGCCAUUCACCAGCCGCAGAGAAAUCAAACCAGGGCACACACAUUGAUUUACCAAGCGACCAAAUAACAAGUGCCCAAGAUUCUGAAAAUGGAGAGCCAAAGACUGAAAAGGAUCUGUACUCUAUGUAUGAGAAAACUGGGAUCAACAGUCAACGGGGAGUCCAGUAUCAAAGACCCCAGACAGCCGUGAAUGUUUCGGACGCCGAUUUCUGGAAGGAUCUCAAUGAUGGCAAAGUUGGCAACACCAGGCAGCUCAUGCAUGAUUCAGAGGAAAAUGUUGAAGUGUCGCAGUGGGCCACCAGAGACUUGCAUCCCUCGGAGGAGAAUGAGAUUGGGGAUUUCUUUGAAGAAUGCUUUAAAUCUAGUGGAAUGCAGUUAGAUAAACUCACAAACAGUGCUGCGAACUCUGCUGAAUUCCGGAGGCGGGUGAAACCGGAAAAAAGGAAAAACAGCCUUAAAGAAGAGCUGAAGGAGAAGACUAGGAAAAAGGAAAGAGGAAAUAAGACACCAGUUGUAUCUCUCCAAGCGGAAACGGAAUCUGUGAUGCAGAAACGUGCGUAUUUAGAAAACACAGCACAUUUAGAGGAAUCAGAGGAAAUGUUGGAAGAGAAGAGAAAGGAGCUCAGGGACGCUGAGAAUCUUCUGUUUUUUAAAACAAUGGCAAGAGAUGGAGGCUUUCUGCAACCUAACGUAAAAGCCCCGCCCAGUCCACGCGGAUUAACCUCACGGAAUCAUACCCUUUUUACGGGUUUUACAAAAAUGAACUCCAGGUUAUUUACACCAAGUGAUGUUGAUAAAGGCAUACUAUCAACACCCAGCCGAAGAAGCAGCGAUGCUUUUCCAGAUGAUCAUCACAACUUCAUCAGUGAAAAUCAGGCGGAGGAGAAUUUGAUGUUCUUCAGAUACAUUGCCAGAAACAAAUCCUUCUUCAAAUUCAACGAAAGCAAUUAAUAUAACUUACAAAACCUUUAUAUGGAAUAAGAAAUUAGUAUAACUUACAAAACCUUUAUAUGGAAUAAGAAAUUAAUAUUACUUACAAAACCUUUAUAUGGAAUAAGAAAUUAAUAUAACUUACAAAACCUUUAUAUGGAAUAAGAAAUUAAUAUUACUUACAAAACCUUUAUAUGGAAUAAGAAAUUAAUAUAACUUACAAAACCUUUAUAUGGAAUAAGAAAUUAAUAUAACUUACAAAACCUUUAUAUGGAAUAAGAAAUUAAUAUAACUUACAAAACCUUUAUAUGGAAUAAGAAAUUAAUAUAACUUACAAAACCUUUAUAUGGAAUUGGAAACUUUUACACAUUGUCUUAUAACCUGCAAUGUGUGAAAUAAGUUUUACAUGUAUAAAGCUUCAGUUGAGGCUCUAUAGCAAUUUGUGUAAUUUGAUGUGAAUAAAGAAUAUCAAUGCGACAGUGUU